UGGCAGCCUCUUCAUCCUUCAGUGCUCACAGGUGAGCCUACAACAGCCACAGCUCAGGAUGGAGGCCAUCAAGAAGAAGAUGCAGAUGCUCAAGUUAGACAAGGAGAAUGUUCUGGACCGGGCUGAGCAAGCUGAAGCUGAGCAGAAGCAAGCAGAAGAAAGAAGCAAACAGCUAGAGGAUGAAUUAGCAACUAUGCAGAAGAAGCUGAAAGGAACAGAAGAUGAACUGGACAAGUAUUCUGAAGCUUUAAAAGAUGCCCAGGAGAAGCUGGAGCUAGCAGAGAAGAAGGCGGCUGAUGCUGAAGCCGAGGUGGCCUCCUUGAACCGUAGGAUCCAGCUGGUUGAAGAGGAGCUGGACCGUGCUCAGGAGCGCCUUGCCACUGCUCUGCAGAAGCUAGAGGAAGCAGAAAAGGCUGCUGAUGAGAGCGAGAGAGGUAUGAAGGUGAUUGAAAACCGAGCUCUAAAAGAUGAAGAGAAGAUGGAACUUCAGGAGAUCCAGCUAAAGGAAGCAAAGCAGCACAUUGCCGAAGAGGCAGACAGGAAGUAUGAAGAGGUGGCUCGUAAGUUGGUGAUUAUUGAAGGAGAUUUGGAACGCACAGAGGAACGGGCUGAGCUGGCAGAGUCCCGUUGCCGAGAGAUGGAUGAGCAGAUCGGGCUGAUGGACCAGAACCUGGAGUGUCUGAGUGCUGCUGAGGAAAAGUACUCUCAGAAAGAAGAAAAGUAUGAAGAGGAGAUAAAGAUUCUUACUGACAAACUCAAGGAGGCAGAGACCCGUGCCGAGUUUGCUGAAAGAUCGGUAGCCAAACUGGAAAAGACCAUUGAUGACUUGGAAGACGAGCUCUAUGCCCAGAAACUGAAGUACAAGGCCAUUAGCGACGAGCUGGACCACGCCCUCAAUGACAUGACCUCUAUAUAAAUGUCACCGUUUCUGCUCUGCUCUGGAUCUGCCCACUUUCCUUGGGGAACCCAACACCCCACUUGCUCUGGAUUCCAUUUGGGUCAGCCUGGCUGGUUCCCAAAGCCUUAGGGCUGGGGGUGGGGGGACAAAGCAAUUUUCAUAUUUGCUUUCACCCCCAUCCCAAAUUAAAAUGAGCUGCCAGAAGCCUCAUGCCCUCCUGCACUUGUUAUUGCCAGAGCUGUUGAGGAGCCCUGCGGGUGUGGUGGAAGGGCAUUCUGAUGAUGUAUAAUCAAAGCUACAUUUGUGCGUGUGUUUCUUCCUGACACUUAAACUUGCUGACUGGAGUCUUGUCAGUGGUGAACUGGUAAAGGCUCCUCGUGGCAGGAAGUCUAAUGUUACUCCUUAUGGCCAUCUCACACCUUUGACUUCCGAGUUCUUGAACAGUCAAUCUGGAGUAUUUUCACCUCUUUAGGCCCCUUUCCCAUGUAGUAUGGUCAGCAGACCAAUGAAUUAUUUCCUAAUAUGCCACCCUUUCGCUAAAGAUUCAGACAUUACGUCCUCAGAGCACAUGUGUGUUCUGUGUGAUCCAUUCUUACAUUUAAACAUGGAACAUGCCGGGUUGAGUUCUCAGUAGAUGACCUUUCGUCUUUAAGCCUCCCUCACUUAUUUGAGCUGCUACCAUUUGUUCAGCUUUGUCUUCUAAUGGGAGAUUACCAGGACACACAUAGACGAUUGGAAAAAUGAAGACAGUCACGUCCACAUGGGGAUAAUGACUUACUAUUAAAUUUCUACUAGAGAAAUUCUGGGUAUUUGAUGUAGAAUUGAAUGUCAGCACUUCAGAGUUCGUUCUAUACAGCAGAUACAUUUGACAUUAUAGAUAAAUGUUGCAUAGUAUUUCAGUUUCUUAUCAAAGCAGGAUUAGAAACUUAUUUUUCUUAGAACACUCGCUCAGUGUGCAUGAAGCUGAGCUUGAACCCUAGUACUACAAAGAAAGAGGGGAGGGAAGAAAGAGAAAGGAAAGAUAGCGCCAGGUGGAGAAGUGUUCCCUAGUCUAAGUCUCUAGCAAAGCACACCCCAUUACCUGUACUGUCUUCCUGCCACAUGGCCUUGGAGAGUGAGGUACAGGUUGGCUUAGUCAAGCAGGCACUGACGUUGUCUAGCUGCCCUGUUCCGGUGGCGAAUAACUCCGGACGGGGAACUCUCGGCACCCUCUAAGGGGAGAGGACAAGCCCAAAGUCGAGCUGCAGAUAGGAGAGUUUGGGAGCUAAAUGGGAGGGGCACUGACUGAUUCCAUGAUUGCUGCCAAAUUGGAAUUUUUGAGAUAGUUUUGCACUAGCCCAGGCUGUCCUAGAAUAGUAUGUGCCCAAGCUGCUCUUGGGCUCCUGGCGGUCCUGCCUCUGCCCUUCCAAGACCUGCACCACCACUGUGCCAGAUUUAGAUGAGAUUUGUUCAUGUUGUCUGGUGAUAAAGAAUUCUGAACACAGCCUUUACCUCUGAACUACCAGCCUCAAGACUGAUUUAUAAUGAGCAGAAACAAGCUUCAACACACACACACACAGAGCUAGGGAAAGACAAAGCAGCUGCAAAGGGAGAUUUGGGAGGCAGAUUUGCUAAAAGUGCUGCUGGGAAGCUUUGUGGUUGGACAGGAGAUGGAAAUGCCAUGGUGGUGUGUGAAUAUGUGUACACCUCUCUCCUUAGAAGAGUUCAUCUAAAAGCUAGGAGAAGAUUGAAUCUGGGCAAGCCUGUAAUCCCAACACACCAGAGGGAAGCAGAUCUCUUUGAGUUCAAGGCCAGCCUGAAUGAGUUUCUGGACAGCCAGUACUACACAGAGAAAUCCUAUCUCUGAAAAAAAAAAAAAAAAAGACCAAAUCUGUUAAAAUGGGUUGGAGAGAUGGCUCUUCCAGAGAACUGGGUUCACUCCCCAGCACCCGUGUGGCAGUAACACAGACGUACCUGCAGGCAAAACACCAAUGUACACACAGAUAAAUAAAUAAAGGAAGCUUCAAGGCCACAUCAAACUAUGUAACAAGACCCUGAAUCAAAAUCCACAAGGCGGGGUGUGCUGUUCUGUACCUUUAAUCCUAGCAUUGGAUCUCUGGUGAGACUCUGUCUUGAAAAACAAAAACUAACUUUUCCAAUUAAAAAUUAGUCUAUUUGUGUUUAUAUAUGUGUGUGAGUAUAUUGGAGUGAGAACACAUUAGCAGAAUGUGCCGGCCCCAAGUUGCAGACAUUUGCAUAUCAGUUUCUGUGGUCACUGUCACGUUCUCUUCAAAAUCACUCUUGGAGCAUGUGUUCUUUAAAGUCCACGCAGGCAUGCCAUGAGGGCACACACCAUUAGCCGUGGAUAUGCCGUGCUUUAGGAAGUAAUAGGUGAGGCUGCAGUGACUGGGGUGACUGGGACUUGUGCUCCAGUGGUAAUGGGAGGAAGCUGACACUGAAGCUGCCUUCUUAUUCAUCUGCUAGCAUCUCGACAGUCCUCGGAUGCUGGGUUCCAGGCAUGUGCAGCCCUGCUGGUGAGAUGGACACUUCAGGGCCUCACAGCUGAGUGUGUGGAAGUAAAGUUCAGUUACUGAGUUUGGUACCAAAAACCUGAUGGUGUUGAAGGCAUAAGGAGGUGACAUCCUGGUUCAGGGGUGACCCGGAAAUGUGCGCAGGUGCAAACAAGAUUCCCGAAGCUGGAAGGAGAGGAUAGGAGAGAUUUUGGAAUCUAGAGGGAUUACAGCUUAAGUAAUACACCUCACAACCAUAAAGAACAUGUACAGGUGCCAGUCAGAGCGCGCACCUUUUAAAUCCCCCGCACUCAGGCAGAGGCAGGAGGAUCUCCGUGAGUUUGAGGACAGCCUGGGCUCCAUAGAGAGACCCUGUCUCACACACACACAAAAAACAGAACAACAGAAUCAACAACUGCAGGUGUGAAAAGGAAUAAUUAAAGAGAGGCUUGGCCAGUCUGUAGAGCGAGGUCCAGGACUGCCAGAAACCCCCACAUGGAGGUGUGGGGAAGCUUAGCUGGCAGGAAGCCAAGUGAACUUGUUUGUACUGUGGGAGGAAGGAGAGUGGCUCAGGGCUGGUGGCUUUUGACCUUCAGCAGACAGACCUAGAAGCACAGUAACCCUGCUGCUUUAGGAAUUUGAGGGUCUGUUUUGAGCCUUAAGGUCAAGGGCAAGGAGAUAACACAUUCAAGAGACAGGAGAGAAUGUUUAGAAUUUGGGCACUGAUUAUAGUGUGAUAGUCACUUGCUUCUUUGACUCUUAAACAUGUCUUGUGGAAAGGCUAGGAGUCCAGUUUUAGUAUUUGUAACUGAAUAAAAUUCAUUUCCAUUUAAGUCAUUGCAGUGACGGGAUAACUAUUGCUCAGCGGUUACAGACAUUUAGUAUCAGGCUGAGAAUGUAGUAAGACCUUGUUUCAGAAUAAGUUAAAAGCAGGCUGGGGCUUAUUUAGUGUACCACUAAAUAAUAGAUUGUUUGCCUAGUGUGUCUGCAGGAUCCUAGAAUCAACCCCAAGCACCAUUUAAAGAGCAGAAGAGUGAGCUAGGGAACUGUUCUUUGCUUCCUGUGGGCUCCUGCCUCACCCCAUUGGUGGGUUCUUUACAAGAAAAGUGAAGCCAUCUUCAGGAAGUGUGAGCCACUGCAGGGCCGUGCUGGGUUGUUUCCUUUCUUUCGAAGUCUCCUGUCACAGCUCUCAUCCAGGUUCUUGCUGGGGCCAAGGAAGAAAGGACUUGGCCCCUCAGGCAGUGGGCAGUUGGUUUACUCCUCCCUUGUUGCCACAAACAUGCUCGGGCUUCUGUCACCUAGCGGUGGAUGUCACGUCAUUCCUCCUCAGGAAUAGCCACACUGCAGCUCCCUGGGAUAAAUCACAUGCACUAUAUGAGUGGGUGCUGCGGGCAUAUGCAGAUACGGAGGUCAGAGGACGACUGGUAGGCACUGCCGCUCUUUCCCAAGCCAGGCGUGGGACUCAAUCUAGAAUGGGAAAUAUCCGUAGUAAACCAGCUUGAGAGGUGAGAGCUUUUGGGUUGGAGGGCUUGCUACUUGUCAGGCGUGUCUCAGACACCAACACCAAGCCUCGUGGAGCCUACUGACCACUCCUGUCUGUCACGUAAGGGUAAUUGUCCACAGGAAGAUUCUGCACGUUAGCAUAUUGCUGCCCUCUGACCUUCUGUCACUAUCACUCUGCAUAGCCAGGCAUAGAGGCACACAUCUAUAAUUAAAGAUAUACAUGUAUUAUUUAAAAUUCACAUUAAUUAAAAGUAAUUGGAAGGCAGAGGGAGGAGGGGCCCACAAGUUUGAAGCCAGUCUGAAAUACAGUCUCUCAGCAAAACAGAGCCUUUGAAACAUACCUGUACACAUUCCCACGUUUCCUGGGAGGGAGGAGGGACGGUGCAGCUUUCUAAGACCCUCUGCUUUGGCUGAGCACUUCGUCCACACAGUCAGUCCCAGCAAGAGAGCAAGGCCUGUUUCUAAACUAAGACCUUGUCUCACAUCGAAACAGGAAGUUGAACUUAAAAUUUGGAACUUCUGAGCCAGGCAUGGUGGCACACACCUUUAAUCCCAGCACUCAGGAGGCAGAGGCAGGCAGAUCUGAGUUUGAGGCCAUCCUGGUCUACAUGGUGAGUUCCAGAACAUCCAGGGCUGCAAAAAUAAAUAAAUAAAAUAACCUGAACUGCAGAGACUGAUAGAAGGGUGGCCCAAGAAUAAUUGAGCUUUCGCAUUGCCAAACUCUUGUUACCUGUGUUUAAGAUGCAUCUAUAG